UCACUGCGAGGACACUGCCUCUACUCACUGAAGCAGAAUCCUCGGAAGAGUUGCUCAGGCAGAACUGAAAUCAUGACUUGCCUCAAAGAAGCAGCUCUAUCGGCCCGCUAAUGACGCUUCACACAGAGAGCCGAUGCUCCUUUAACUCCAGGCUUUAAUGCGAAGUUUCUGAGCCUGAGACAACAGCUUUAGAGCUGGGGUGUGCCAUCAGCUGCUCGCAGCUACCUCCCUGUCUACCGCUUGAACUCAGCCUGGCUGGCUUGCAGAAUGGAAACUAGACAGGCUUCUACCUACCUGUAACCGUGUUCCACCAGGAGAUGGAUAAAGCAUUCACUCAGCCACAUCCAGCAAACACAAUCGGACCUAGCAGAGGGAGGACGCAGAUUCUCUGCCUGGUGGGGAAAGCCCACCUGGGCCUGACAAUGCUAUAACUCAGCCCUUCCAGGGAGCAGCCACCAUGAUCUCUCCACACUGAUGAUGGAAGAAAGGGGAACCAGGAGAUACUGUGUUUUGGAUUCCCUGGACGAUGGAUGAAGGACAGCCUGUCCCUUCACCCUUGGUACCCCUUGGGAACUUAUCAGAUUCUAGCAUGUCUCUGGAACAAAAAACAACAUUCGUUUUUGUGAUUUUGUUGUUUAUCUUUCUGGGCAUCCUCAUCGUCAGGUGCUUCCGGAUUCUUCUAGACCCAUAUCGGAGCAUGCCAACCUCAACCUGGGCUGAUGGGCUUGAAGGCCUAGAGAAAGGGCAGUUUGAUCAUGCCCUUGCUUAGCAGGGGCACAGUAGGCUGCCCUCCAAAGGAGGCACAGUGCUUUAUGUCUGAACAAAGUUUUCCAUUUGUAAUGUUCUCAGCAAAUCAAAUUUUAACCACAUCUGGCCCUAGGACAAUGAGCCAUUAUUUCAUAAACAUACUCUUGUGUUAAAAUCAUCUUAUUUGAGGAUAAUGGAAAGUUUAUAUUACCAACCCCCAAGUAGGAAGGUGCAGACAUGUGUUUUUUACUCAAUGAAUGAAUAUUGCUGGAGAUGUGAUUGUAAAGCCAAUAGUACCAAUACUCAUGUAGGCUUCACUGCCAAAUGAAGGACUCUCUCAUCACAUCAGAGAAUAAACAAUCAGAGAAAAUCUGAUGUUAAUACAAGAGACUCCUCCAGUCCUUGUAUUCUCCCAGAGUGAGUAGAACUAGGAAGCGGUGGUGACUUAGGAAAGACAGUUCUUUACUUGGUAAAUGUGGAUGAGAAUGCUACUGUCAUUUUCAUUAUUAACUAACGUUGAAGUCUACAGAGUUUGGAAACUACCAGGCCUCAUCUCUGAAUUUCUGUGGCUAACACACUUAGAUACACUGAUGCAUAAUUAGAUUUUUUUUUGUCUUUGCAUUUCUGAUGGAACUAAUGGAUUACAAGCACAACUUCAAGGUUUUCUUUUUAAAGAAAGACGAUUGCUUAGCGAGGAGACUAUGACUGUAAGAGGAGUGUGCAUUUAUGCCCGCAU